GAGCGAACGGAAAUACUCAUUCUUAUCUCGUCGAUUUGACUGUGGUGAUCAGCGAAAUUUUGUGUCAAGAUGCCUGGUGGUAAAGCUGGUAAGGAUUCCGGAAAGGCGAAGGCCAAAGCCGUCUCUCGAUCUGCUCGCGCUGGGCUUCAGUUUCCUGUCGGUCGUAUCCACCGUCACUUGAAGACUAGAACCACAAGCCAUGGUCGCGUCGGUGCUACUGCUGCUGUGUACAGUGCAGCCAUCCUCGAAUACUUGACAGCUGAGGUGUUGGAGUUGGCAGGCAAUGCCAGUAAGGACUUGAAGGUAAAGCGUAUCACGCCUCGUCAUUUACAGCUGGCCAUCAGAGGAGAUGAGGAAUUGGACUCUCUCAUCAAGGCUACCAUUGCCGGCGGAGGUGUCAUUCCCCAUAUUCACAAGUCCCUGAUAGGCAAGAAAGGCUCACAGAAAGCAGCAUAAAUACCAAUAUUCAUGUGUUCAGGAUCAUUUUAUUUGUGUCGUGCUGUUUAUUGUAAACCACUGUCUUGUAACGUUUUCGGAUGUCAGUUUCUGUAGAUUUUUAAUUCCUUUUAUAUUAUCAUCGAAGCAUGGACCAUUUUUAACUUUUGUCAUGUGCGUUUUAUUUUCAUUAUGCUUCAUUAAGUAUGCCGUUGUAUCAUACAGCGAGUCUGGAUAUAAAUUUUGGAGUAAAUUUCACCCGGAAGGUUGGGAGAUAUGUACAAUGUAAGCGUUUUAGGUGGCCUUGGAGCAGUCUACGUACUUCCAUCGCGCUAUCAUCAGCUGAAGCGACUGCUUGUGUGGUGGGAGAGUGUGGAGGUGUCACCCAUGUCAUGAGAGAUAGAAAAUAUGAUGGAAUGUCAUGUCAUUGAGAACCAAAAUAAAUUCCCAUUCCAAUUUUGGAAUUUUUAAAUAAUCCCCA